AUGCCGAAUGAAACCGAAUCGUGUGCUCGCUAUAUCGACGAACAUCCGGAUCUCACAAAUAACUCUGUGAUUCUUGUGACUUAUUCAAUUCUUUACUUACAUAUUUUCAUAUUAGGCAUUCUAGGAAACUCAGCCAUUUUAUAUUUGACAAUGAAGCAUCGACAACUUCAAACCGUCCAGAAUAUAUUUAUUCUGAACCUGGCAGCUUCAAAUGUUCUUAUGUGUCUGACUUCUCUUCCAAUCACUUUUAUCACGAAUGUCUACAAGCAAUGGUACUUCUCAUCUCCGAUUUGUAAACUGAUCCCAUUAGUUCAGGGUGCUUCCAUAUUCGUCUCGACGUUUUCAUUGUCUGCAAUCGCUUUGGAUAGAUACAAUUUGGUUGUGCGACCGCACAAGCACACCUUAAGCUCUCGGAAUGCAAUGAUGGUGGCAUUGCUGAUUUGGGUGAUCUCAGUUGUUGUCUGCAUGCCAUAUGGAUGGUACAUGGAUGUCGAUAAAAUUCCAGACCUUUGUGGAGAGUACUGCACAGAACAUUGGCCUUUAGCCGAGGUUCGAAAGGGAUACGCUUUUCUAGUUCUAAUUACUCAGUUCUUGUUCCCUUUUGCUACCAUGGCUUUCUGCUAUUAUAAUAUAUUUGCCAGAUUGCGACAAAGAGUUGAGAAGAAGCUGCAAAAAUUGUCAGAAAGGAGCCAACUUCUUGAGAACAGCACAUCUUGCGCGGUGUCGAAUAACGUCAUCAAUGCGAUCAACUCGAUGGAGAGCCCAUCGGUCGAGAGCAAACAACGUCUGGUUGUUCUGGCGCAGCAGCGACGGACCACCACAAUCCUGCUGAGCAUGGUUCUGUUGUUCGCUAUCACGUGGUUGCCGCACAAUGUUGUCACGCUGAUGAUCGAAUAUGAUGAGCUGAUAUUCCAUGGAGUCAAUUCGGUAGAUCAUACUUAUAUAGUAUCAACAACAGCUCAUCUAAUAUCCAUGCUGACGAAUGUGACAAAUCCGAUUUUGUAUGCCUGGCUGAAUCCAAUGUUUAAGGAAAUGCUUAUAAAAACCUUAAGAGGAACCAAAAAGGACCCUGCACCGAAAACCGAAACUCUCCGGCAGACGGCCUUCAUAAAGAUUCCGACGACUCUCAACACUGAAACAUCCUACUUAUAG